GCUGUGCAGACGUAACUAAAUUAUAAUGUCAGCUAAGAAUGGCGUCGAAAUGGUUAAAAAAGUUGCCGAAUUUAUAUCGAAAGGGGCAAGUUUUGAUCGAGUCACGCAAAUGGUGAAAAUUACAAAUGGCGGCGAAGGGCGCUGCGUCGGCGAAUUUAUUGUCGCGGCCGAGCACUUGAACCGCCUGGGCUCAUUGCAUGGCGGCCUAACGGCCACAAUUUUGGACAAUAUAACUACGUAUGCACUCAUGUCGAAGGGCUCACAUCCGGGCGUCACCUCCAGUCUGAGUGUCAGCUAUUUGGCUGCAGCAAAGCCGGGAGAUGUCAUUGAAGUGGAUGCCAAGACGUUGCAUGCAGGCCGGAAAAUGGCCUACAUUGAGUGUGUGUUGCGGAACAAGGCGGAUGGCAAAAUCAUUGCCAAGGGUGGUCAAACCAAAUUCGUGGACUUUAACGCGUAAACGAGCUAAGAAAUUCAGUUAUGAAAUUAAAUAUAUAAGAGAUAGCCAACUCUGAGCUAUGCUCUCUGGCUAUCUCUGCUAGUGACGUCACAGCUUAUACGCGACUCACAAAAAA